GCACAAAAAGAAGCCUUUUAAAUAACAAUACGGUGUGUAGACUACAUUUAGACAUAUAUACAUCAAAUAUUAUUUCUCGUAGUUGUCUUUUUAAGCUCUCUGAAGGAAUUCCGCACAACAUGGCAACCUGAGUGAAAUAGGGAAAGGGGGAAAAGUGCACCGUGCUGUCAUGGCCUAGAUUUGUAUUUGGGAGAGGAAAGCAUACAUGCAUGGACAGUAGAGAGUCAGCAAAAAAAAUGUAUACAAAACUUCAGUGUAAUGAAAAGUGGUUGAGUUGUUGUAGUAACACCUGCAUCAUAGCACAUCACUGAGCGGUGUAAGGAAAUGUUGAGUGCGUGCUGUAGGACAGGCGUGUGUGUGUGUGUGUGUGUGUGUUCGUGUGUUUUGGUCCAAAGGGAGGGGUUGGAGGCUCACGUCUCGAAGCGCUCAGGCUCCAUCGGAUGGAAUCUGCUUGCGUGCACACCGCGAUGGCUAUGGGGCUAACGUCGAAAAAAGCGUCGAACAGGAACGUGGCGGUGGAGCGCAAGAACCUCAUCACCGUCUGCAGGUUUUCGGUAAAAACUCUCCUGGAGAAGUACACAGCUGAGCCCAUUGAUGACACCUCAGAAGAGUUUAUUAACUUUGCCGCGAUCUUGGAGCACAUACUCAGUCACCGCUUCAAAGGUCCGGGCGGUUGGUUCAGCUCAGACGGACAGAGGAGUUUCUGGGAUUACGUUCGCCUGGCCUGCUGUAAGGUUCACAACAACUGCAUCAGCAGCAUCGAGAACAUUGAAAACAUCAGCACGUCCCGAGCGAAGGGACGGGCAUGGAUUCGUAUGGCCCUCAUGGAGAAACGUUUGUCUGAAUAUGUUGCCACAGCCUUAAGAGACACUCGGACCACAAGGAAGUUUUAUGAUGAUGGUGCCAUCAUGCUGAGAGAAGAAGCGACAGUCCUGACCGGGAUGCUGAUUGGACUUAGUGCCAUUGACUUCAGUUUCUGUUUGAAGGGAGAGGUCUUGGAUGGGAAAACACCUGCUGUGAUUGAUUACACACCAUAUCUCAAAUUUACCCAGAGUUACGACUACCUGAGUGACGAGGAGGACCGGCGCAGUGUGGACAGCAGUGCGAGUGAAGACAGCGUGGCCGAGCACCCCUACAUCCCCCUGGUCACUGAUGAGGAGAGCUGGAGUACCAGAUGUCGUAAGAUGGAGCAGAGGUUCAAGAUAGUCUACGCCCAGAAGGGUUAUUUGGAAGAACUGGUGCGACUGCGAGAGUCACAGUUAAAGAACGUAGAGACGGAGAACAAGAGACUGAAUGCGAAAUUGGAGGAUCUGCAAAUGCAGAGCCAACAGGAGAAGAAAGAGCUCGAGGCCAUUAUUCUGGAGCUGCAAGCACAACUGACUGGUGUUAUUCCAUGCGAACCAGCCCAUUUGUCAAAAAACCUGUCAGUCUCCUUGGUUAACCAGUGGCCACCGACACGUGCUGCAAACAACCAAGUGGACGUCAAGCUGUUCCGCCGGAGAAGUUUCCACAGUUUGAGCCUGUCUGGUGAUGCCAGUCUGAACUCCAAAGAGUCUCUGAAGACAGAUGGGAAACAGAACGGAGACAGCGACUGGUGCUCAGGAGUGAAAGACACAACUCCGUCUAUGCUGGGCCUGUGUGGGUCUCUGGCAUCUUCGCCAAGCUGCAAGUCUCUGGCCAGUCUUAAAUCCAGCGAAUAUUUGGUGAACAUCAGCACCGAGCCCAGCCCUGCCCUGUCCCCCAGCUAGGGCUCAUCUCAUCAUCUAAGUGAUAAAAAAAAUAAUCAAACCCCAUUCUCUUUUCCUCUGACUAGAGAUUCAUCGUUUCUGUCUUCCACCACUGUGCAUCCUCAUUUAUCUAUAUUCUCAAAUCAUCCCAUUACAAAGUAAUAGUCUAACUGUUCUGGAGAGGCAUGUCUUUCUCAGUUUGUUGCUUUCUUACUGAGAAAUUGUUGAAUAAACUGGCAUGGACCACCAUUACCCCCCCAUGUCAUAUAAUCACAGAUCACUAUAAUCCUAAGAAACGCCGCUCGGCUUCAUGACACGAUGAGAGAAUGACUUUGCGCUCGUCUGCAUGAGAUCAGACCUCCAUCCUGAACGUCUGUCCAUGUAUUCACUGAUGUGCUUGUGCCACUUACAGUUAUGCCUGAUAUCGUGCAUAUGUGGAGAUUCGCAGCAAACUUCGCACACCUCGUGUGGUUAUUUUAUUUUUAUAUAGCUUUAAAUUGCCGUGAGGGUUUGUUCCGCUUUCUUUAUACAUAUGAUAUAUUUUGUUACGUACUGUAGUAGCAGUAACGCUUUUUUGUCUGUCAGUAAAUUUUCGGCCCUCAUUUUCAUCCUAUCUCGACCGAGAGUCCCCGACCCAGACACACCUCCCCCGGCACAUUUUUAGCGCUUAGUUUUCUGCCUUUCUGCUGUUACUGAGGGGUUUAGGAAGUCAGGAAUUUCCAGGAGUCUGUUUUUCUUUUUCAGGGAUAAAGCGCAGACUUUGGCUUUGUGAACCAGAAGUGUUCAUGAUGUAUUUUCAACAAUAAAAGUUAUAGAU